UUCGGCGGCGCGGCGCGGGCAGCGGCACGAUUCACUCCCGGCACUCGGCAGUUGUUUUUCAACGUUUUUCGUUGACCGACUGUGUUUGGUAGUCGAGCGGUUAGUAGCGACGAGUGCGAUCUUAAUAUACUUUUCGUCGAGUGCAUAGUUUUCCGGUCGCGUUUCAAGUUUUUAAAAGCUGCAGCCCCGACGCGAAAUCCUUUCAUAAGCUCAUCAAGAAUAUAAAACAGUAAAGCAAACGAAAAUUCGUUGUUUGCAAAAAAAGACAAGGAUCAACACAACUUUAACAGGUCACAAGUCCGGCGGCGAUGCGUCCGGCAUUCUGUCCGAGCCAGUGACAUGGCCACGUUGUCGUCAGCUUGCAGCAGUUACGUACGCCAGCAGCCCGGACAACCUUUAAAAACGCUAAACGUCACGAACGCCAUUCUCCGCACGGACAAAGGACAGGCGUCGUCAUACCGGCCACAAUGCACGGCGAAAAGAAAAAGCGCUGUGGAACUAUUGCAAGAAACAAAAUCGCUUUACGUCAAAUCGGAAACAGUGCUCGACAGGAAACAAGAGCUCAGGCGGAGUCUCCGAAGCAGUGGUUCUUCCGACAAGGGCUCAUCAUCGCAUGACAUUGCUUCCGGAUGUUAUAACUAUAAAGGUAACUGCUGUAAUUGGUCGAGCGGAAGUUUUACUUGUCUGCCGCCACCUAAAAGCCCUCGACUGGUGGCUGGAUGUCAGAGAAAGUCAACGGCGGACUCACAACAGCUUCAAAACGAUCUCAGACGUCUAUUGAAUACUGACUCUAAAGAAAACUUAUUCGAAGCAACUUCGGUGUUCCUCGACGAUGUCAUCGUUCCUCCUCCUGUGCAGUACCGCAGAUCGGUGUCGCAUGGCCAACAGCAGCAGCAGCAACAUCAUCAUCCAUGUUGUUGUGGACCGUCGGCCGCGUGCCACAAAUCACUUCCGGAUCUCACGGAUGUUGCGACAGCCACGGAAACGAUUACGGAUGUGGCAACGCCAGCAGUGGCGGCUGGCCCGAUCCGCCGUUGCCGUCGUUCCGCGUCUUCUGGAUCUGUGGUUACCGGAGACGAUGAUGACGAGGAUGGCGAUGAUGACAUAUUCGAAACAUACUGCAGCGUACCAUCUCCGCCAGGAUUUGGAAACAAGUCCAGACAAGACGAAACGGACGUGGUCGCCAACGUAACCUCUUUCCCGGAUUCAUUGAGCCUAACCAGUUACAAAACGGAUGCCAGAUGGCAGCAGUCUGCUCACGGAGGGACCGGAAGUUCGAUCGAAGAGGAAAAUGAUAACGAAAGCGGUGGCGUUUCGCCGCGUUCGUCUGCAUCGCCCGUCAAGUCUACCGUGUCGCAUGGCCGCUGGCGUCCACAGACCGUUGGAGCGGCGGCGACAACUGCGACCGGUGGACACCAACCGACGCCGCCCGCUGUUCCACUACGUCGACAUCAACUACCGACGGCGUCCGACGAGUUCCGCGGCCGGCCGAUACUGCGCAGCAAAUCGGACGUGGGUCACAGGGCACCCAAUUUGCUGAGUCUGUUGCCGGUGGCGGUGGCUAAGGCCGACGAACGACACGUAUACGAUGCCAGUCAGUUGGAGAACUUUUUCGGUCACCUGGGCCUCGAUCCCGAUGAGUACAAGUGGAUCAUAAAAACCGAAUCGGAGACGGGCUCACAGGUAUGUUUCGGCGGUUCAGACAGUUCGGUGGGUUCGGUGAGCGGCGGCAGCAAUAACAACAUCACAAAUUGCUUUAUGGAUAGUCAUUGGGCGGGUGGCGGUGUUCGGGGGGACGGCGACGGUUGUGAGGGAGGAACUGGAAGACCGGUCGGGAAGUCCGGCGGCGGAUCGUCCUCGUCCGAAUUGCCGUCCAUCGUCGAGCGAAACGCCAGGAUCAUCAAAUGGCUGUGGAACUGCCGGAAGGCGAACUUGCAGCAGACGCUAUUACCGCCGACGCCAACCUCUACUUAGAACAGCAGCGAAAAAUUAAACACGAAAACCCAUCAGCACCCACCGAGCGAUCGGCGCACGGUUUCGAUUCUGUCAUAACUUACUACUUAUAUACCUAGUAUAAUAGGUUACCUAUAUAACCUCUAUUUAUAUUCACGACUCCACGAAGUCGUAGUGAGACCGCG